CGAGCGCCUUCCUGGCUGGCGAGUGGCGGUUGCUGGCUUGUGCUCUUAGUGGGCAGUCGGGCGGAGCUGGCGUUGUCUCGUUAUUCCCGCGCCUCGUAUCGCCAACUUUUGCGGGAGGGCGCAGGAGUCGGUGGGUAUGGCCGAAGGAGGGAGCGGAUAAGGGCGGGCCGGGCCGGGCCGGGAUGAGCGCAGGGGCUGGCGGCUCAGGUGACCUCUGCCCGUGGUGGAGAUGGUAGAGGAGACGGUGAGUAGGUGGGCUUCGUGCCUCGGCCGCAGUCGCUGGGCGGUCCGCCCGGGAGCUCCAUUUGUCCGCCCCUUUUGUGUUCGGGCUCGCUCCGGUAACUAACGAGGCGACCUUUGGGAGCCUAAGACUCUUCAUUCCUGUCUUAUAUUACCUACUGAUCAAACAUCUGCCUCAAGAUAGCCAUGAAAGGGAUGAGGUAGCCGCUCACGAGCGUGCUAGAAUCCAACUUCAAAUGGAUACAAAAUAUAAAGACGAUGUAUUCAGAAAAUAUGUCCAGUUUCAUGAAUCUAAAUUGGAUAUCUCUGACAAGAAGCAGCGGCCAGUUAGUGAUGAAUAUCUACAAGUGGCAGCUUCAGCCUUACUCUGCUUUCCUAAGAUUGAUCCCUUUUAUAGAUUCCGGCUAAUUAAAUUUUAUGAGAUUGCUGAACGUUCACUAAGGUCUUUGAAAUCUUCAAGUUUGCGUUCACUCCAGAAUGCAUUCAGUAUGCUAGAAUCAGUUGGAGUUAAUCUUUUUCUUUACCCUUGGAAGAAGGAAUUCAAAAAUAUAAAGACCUACACAGGACCUUUUGUUUAUUAUGUGAAGUCUACAAUACCCGAUGAGGAUAUAAGACAGAUACUGAACUCAAUGGGAUAUGUUCAAGAACUUGGAACUUUGUAUAAACUCAAAGACCUGGUUGAUCCUUUACAGGUGAAGAUGGUGUCAUUUGAACUUUUUUUGGCCAAAAUAGAGUGUGAACAGUUGAUUGAAAUUCAUUUGCAAGUGAAGGAUAAAAGUUAUUCAGAACUUGAUAUUGUAAAGGAGAGAAAAAAUAGCAGUGAUGAUGUCCGAGGCUGUUCAGAUGCCUUGAAACGACGUGCAGAAUGCAAAGAGAAUCUAAAUACUUCCAUGUCACGAAUGGUACUUCAGAAAUCUGCUAGUGAGAGAGGCUCUAAAGAUUAUUUCAAACCCAAAGUUAGUAAACCUUCUAAAUCAGUGGACACAUAUGAUAGUUAUUUGGAAAAUAAGAAGCCACCUUUGAUGACAUCAUUGAGUCUCAGAAAAGAGCCCUUUUUAGUCGACACUGAAGACGACAUUAAAGAUGAAAUAAUUCGUCCAUCACCUUCUCUGCUUGCCAUGACAAGUUCUCCACAUGCGUGUUCUGAUGAAUAUUUGCCAGUUUCAUCCCAUGCCCAUGCCAAUGGCAUAUUAAGAACGGGUAUUCCAUAUGGUACUUACUAUUCCCCUCAAGAUGAUUUAGAUUUAUAUACUGACCCUGAUUCUAGGAGUGUGUUUAAGAGACAAGAAUCCACUAAACAUGAUGUAUGGCUGCUAAAAAAUGAUGCCAACCCAGCUUACCAUAAACGUCCACACCUAGCCAAAGAGACCACUUCCCUUAAGUGCCAAAACUGUGGAUUAACUUGUGGCUCCUCCAUGUGCCAGAAGUGUGACAACUUGCUCAUCUGCAGGCAGGAAUAUCCAGCAAUGAAACAGAGUAGCUAUUCACUCAAAACUCUUUCCAGUGAAGGCAUAUCAUCUGCAGCUGCUGUAAGGGAAAAGCCUCCAUAUAUGCUACAGACUCAAGACCGAGCCUCUCAGUUCAGUUCAAAAACCAAGUCUUCAGGUUCUUCACGCUGUGGCUUUUGCAACCGACCAGGAGCUACAAACACAUGCACUUUUUGUUCAAAGGUUUCUUGUGAUACUUGCCUCAGUGCUUACUAUUAUGACCCCUGCUGUCGAAAAAGUGAGCUUCACAGAUUCUUGCCAAACAAUCAAUUAAACUAUAAAUCAAACCAGUUAUCACACCUGGUUUAUAGAUAGACUUUCUGGGGGUGGGUUUUUUUUUUUUUUAAAUCAAUAUCUUGGGACAAAAGGGCUAAAAACACAAACAUUCUGGUGUUGCUGGUAUCAACCUACUGACUUCUUAGGAGAAAAAGUAGACAUGCCCUAGUAUUAGACAAAUACAUCUUAACAUUGGUGCCAGUCCUUGAUGUGGUUUCACAAAUAUAGCUGCUGCUACUAUUCUCUUAUGUGACUCUUAGCUGUUUUUCCACUUAGGUCAGAGAGAAGAGCACUUUUUCCUUUUCUGGAAGCAGGCAGGGGUUAGAAUGCAUAUUCUUUUUCCUGAAAAGACAUCACAUUUGUGUUUUACUUUUGUCACUAUCUCAACCACAUAACACAAUAUCAGAGUAGUAAUUAAAAAGACAACCAAGGAUUUUCAGUGACUUGUGAAAUUUUUGGGUAGUUUGCAUGAAAUAUUCAUGAAUUUGUUUUUGUGAAAAGUAUUUUUAAAAGAAAGAUUAGAUGCACUGCCUAAGCUCCAAAAGGCACAUCACCAUGGUGUCUCAUCCUCAUGUCUUCUCCCAUUCUGCGCUUUCCAGGAUUUCUCUUAAGCUUAAAAAAUCAGAUUCUAAAAACUUCUAAACCAAGUGUUGGCUUUAUUUUCCCACCCUGCCAAAAUUCUUUAUUAUAACUGUUCUAUCAUUUUAAAGAAGUGAAAUUAUCUGUGUUAAGUGGAGUGUUGUCUUUCUGGAUGAGGAAUAAUUGGAUUCACCUUCUGUUGCACAUGUAUCUUUUUACUGUAAAUAAGUAAUUUUGAAAGUAGAUUAUUUUUAAUAAAUAUAUUUGGUAUGGUUUUUUAAAGGUCAUAUCACUAAA